AUGGCGACCGGCAAAGACCUCAACCCGUCGUACCUGCGCGAGCGCGGCCGCCACUCGGAUGGGCAGCGGUUCCGCUUUCAGAAUUUCGCGCAGCGCGUGGCGGCGGUGGAUAUUGACGUGCACCACCGCUUGACGGCUGACGACAUGGCUGAGUGGCGUCGCGAGGCUGGCGAGGAGGAGGCCGAGGAGGCCCGCCCCUUCGCCAUGCAGACCCUCGAGCGGUGGGUCGAGCUCAACCAGACAGGGCAGUUCACCGCCUUCCGCACCGAGCUCUCGCCGAUGCUGCUGUCGGUGCCGCUGAUGCUGCACCGGCAGGACGCCAUCUUUGAGGCGCUGCAUCGGCACCUGACGGGCGUGAGUACCGAGGCGCUCCCGCCCAUGCUCGAGCUCGCCACUGCGCUCGCCGUCGACCUUCGCCAGGAGUUUUACCCGCGCUUUGCCCCGCUGCUUGGAGCGCUCGGCCGGCUGCUCGGCUCAAGCGCCGAGGACGUCGCCCGUGUGGAGGCGGUCUUCACCGCCGCCGCCUACCUGCUGAAGUACUUGCUGCGCCAGCUGCUCGCGGACCUGCCCGCCGCGCUCGCCGCCUACGCGCCCCUCCUCUCCCACCCAAAGCAGCACGUCCGCGACUUUGCCGCCGAGUCGUUUUCGUACCUGCUGCGCCGCCUGCCGCGCGCCUCGCUGCCUGCGGCGCUGCCGGCGACGCUGCUGCCGCAGAUCGGCUGUUCGUCCAACCUCGACAGCGGCAUCGCGCUCCUCCUGUUCCACACCGUGCGGGGCCUCAGCCAGCGCUUCCACUCCCGCACGCCCGAGGCGGCUCGCGCGGCGCGCUGCUCGAGGCGCUCGGCCUGA